AUGGUACGCAGUGGCUUAGAAGGCAAUGCCGGAGCCUUCAAGGACGAUGUCCACCAGGGGACAGAUAGCUCACAAACGUCUGCUCAAUCUGGGGCAUCACCCUGUAGCCAUGCUCACUCAACCCCACCAAGUUGGCAUAAUAACGUGGCAGGGUUGAAGAGGUGGGCCGACUACCUUGACAUCUUGCCUGAAGACAAGGAAGACAAGUGGAGCAUUGAGCCCUCUCCCUGGGGGCAAGAAACCUCUCCCAGGAUCUGGUGGGUCCAGUGCCAUCACGAGAGCAGCCGCCACUCCGCUUCAAGGAACGCUGAUUUUUGGCCAUCUAUAAAGCAUCUGUUCACCAGUGGGAUCUAUAUCCUGCACCUGAUUUGCAGUGUUUUGGCAUUCAAUGCCUUUGUCAUUUCUAUAACUUACACACCAAAGUAUUUGGAGCAGCAGUUUGGACAAAGCGCAUCAAAGACCAAUUUUCUCAUAGGAGUGAUGUCUAUUCCACCACUGGUUCUGGGUAUGUUCCUCAGUGGCUGGAUAAUGAAGAGGUUUAAACUAGGUCUGCUGGGAUCUGCAAGACUGAUGUUUUUCACCUCUGUAACCUCAUUGGUUUGCAUAAUACCUUACUUUGCUCUCAGCUGUGAAAACAUAGAUGUCGCUGGGAUCACGGUGCCAUAUCAAAGAACUUUUGAAGUUCAAGAUGUAAGCCAUGAUUUACUUACUUCUUGCAAUGCUGGGUGUCCUGACUUCCUAUGGGAUCCAGUGUGUGGACAGAACGGAGUGACCUACAUCUCUCCUUGUCAUGCUGGCUGCAAUUCCACUCUGGGUACAAGACAGAAUAUGACAUUCCAUGGCUGUACAUGUAUCCAGAGCUGGGGACUGACUUCUGGGAAUUCCUCUGCAGUGCUUGGACAGUGUUCGCGAGAGAGUAGCUGCACUAAAAUGUUCUACAUCUAUCUGGCACUGCAGUCUCUCGCCUUCUUUGUUUACUGUCUGGGCACAGUUCCUUUCUUCCUCAUCUCAUUGAGGAUUGUGGAUCCUAUGCUGAAGUCUCUCUCAAUGGGAAUAUUUCUGUUAGUUUUAAGAGUCUUCGGUGGCAUUCCUGCUCCCAUUUGCUUUGGAGCUCUUAUUGACACAACCUGUCUGAAAUGGGGCCAAAAUAAAAGCGGUGAAAGAGGUGCAUGCAGAAUGUAUGACAUUGAAACUUUCAGGUACCUAUUUCUGGGACUGGUGAGCUCUCUUCAGGCAUUUAGCUAUACCCUUUUAUGGAUUUUCACCACACAGAUUAAGAAGAAAGUACAGUACGAUGAGAAAAUGUCCAAGGACAUAGAACUCCAAUACCCUAUGCUACGUGAUCCAGAACAGGAAAAUAAUAUAAAAUAAUGUUCUGCGAUGUCGUUGUUUUAUUUUUAUUUUUAUUAUUGAUUUAUUGUUCCUGGGUCAUUUUCAAAAUAUGAUGACAAACACUUUUAUUAUUUUAUAUC